UCCGCUCCUAGAGUUUGACCAACCGUCUGGCUCGGCUUCCCCAGCGCCGCUGAGAUGCUGUCCUGCCGCCUCCAGUGCGCGCUGGCCGCGCUGUCCAUCGUCCUGGCUCUGGGCGGUGUCACCGGCGCGCCCUCCGAUCCUCGACUCCGUCAGUUUCUGCAGAAGUCCCUGGCUGCUGCCGCGGGGAAGCAGGAACUGGCCAAGUACUUCUUGGCGGAGCUGCUGUCUGAACCCAACCAGACAGAGAACGAUGCCCUGGAACCUGAAGACUUGUCCCAGGCGGCUGAGCAGGAUGAAAUGAGGCUGGAACUGCAGAGAUCCACUAACUCAAACCCUGCCAUGGCACCCCGAGAACGCAAAGCUGGCUGCAAGAAUUUCUUCUGGAAGACUUUCACUUCCUGUUAGCUUUAUUAAUUAUUGUUGUCCAUAUAAGACCUGGUUCCUUUCCUCCAAACCUCAUCCCUCUUCCCUAACUCCCCAAUCCUCAGCA